GAUAUCCAGAAACAAAGAAACGGAUGUCAGACGGCCGCAAGUUUGAAGCUGUCAAAUGGUUAUAUUUUACCUGAAGGUAAAAUGACUCCAAACACACUUUUUGUAGGAGGAAUCGACAUGAAGGUGAGUAGCUAAAAUCAUUUCCAAACGUAUUCGGCUACAUCUUCAUAAUCUAACUUGCUCAUAUUGUCCUUUUCUAGGUGGAUGAGAACGAAAUCCGGGACUUCUUUGCGAGAUUUGGUGCCGUGAAGGAAGUGAAAAUCAUCACUUACCGUGGAGGUAUCUGCAAAGGGUAAGUCCCAAAUUAGUAGGCUCUACCUUUAGUCAAGAAAAGUGCAUCCCCGAACAUUGUUUUAUGGAACAAUGUCACUCUUUGACUUUUGUGUAGAUAUGGAUUUGUUUACUUCAAUGAAGAUGUCGACAUCCAAACCAUCGUUGAAGUAAGAGUAAUUUAUUUAACAUGGUCACAUCGUAAAUUGAUUCAAGUCUUUCAAACUUUGCCUUCACUCUACUCACAAGCUAAUGUGUUUCGACUUCACCAUGUUUACUCUGUAGCAACAGAUCAGUUUUAAAGGGAGGAAACUCAAACUGGGUCCAGCAAUCAUGAAGGAAAGGAGCUCACGUGAGUCUGUGUUGUUUGUGUGCAUUUUGUCCAUUGAUAUAUCUGAGUCUCAACAUUUUCUUAUGGCUUCUACUCCUUGCCUUUGGUACUCCAUUGCCACAACUGAAGUCUGGGUUGUGGCUAAAUGUGUUCUAGGUCCACUACAUUGCAUCAACCAAUUGUUGCGUGCCAGAUAGACUGUGCAGUCGGCCAUCAAAUUGCUAUAUCAAAUGAUGUGGUUAGCUGAAAUGUUAAACACCUAUCUAGGCAUUGUGAGAUCUGGCAUGCAUCUGCAAUUAUAGUCAGCCUGGAAUGUGGAGGAAUGUUUGUUUAUUGGUUUUCCCCGCCCAGGUUCCAUGCCGUCUCACCUUGUUGGUCAGGCCCCCUGGAUAAGCCCCUCCCAGUACAUCUACUGCACCUGCUGCUAUCCUAUGGGAGGGGGCAUGGCUCAGCCUUCACCUGUACUCAAUGGGGGCAAUCCCUACAUCCAGGUAAGGCACUGUCAUCAUCCCAAAGCCACUGUGUGUGUCCUAAAUGGCACCCUAUUCCCUAUAAAGUGCACUACUUUUGACCAGGGCCCAGGGUGCCAUUUGGGACACAGGGUCUGUGUUGCAAGAUGGGCUUGAAUCAGUUCACACUUUAGGACUAACAGUGGUCCCAAAAGUGCACCAACCCCACCCAGCACACCAGGGCCACGUACAGUAGGCAAACAUUGUGGAACGUUGCAGGUAGAAUUGUCAUGAAUAGAGCUGACUACAUAUCAAAGGCAUGUGUUUUCUACAUAAGGUUCCACAACGUUGUGCUCUGCUGAACAUGGCCCAAUUACACCAGAUUGACAGUUGACUAUCUUAGAUGUUAUACUGAGGGAAGACACUUUGCAUACAUCUACCUUUGACACUGCCGUUUUCUCCUUCCUCUCUUCUCAGCCUUACUCGUACAACGGCUUUCCAGGAGUCAUGAUGCCACAGAUGCCCAUGAGCUACUCGCAAACUGCUUACGCAUACCAGGUAAACAAACACACACACACACACACACACUCAUGCAGGCAGAGGGGGGAAUAACGUAUUCAUUGAAUAAAUGUAUCGUUCCCUGGAGAACUCCUAGUGGCAUUUGGUAUGAAAACAUGCACUACAACAUGACACAUUCCGCAUCAACACAAAUCCAAACUAAUAUACAUGGGUGAAAUGCUAGAGAUCACACACACAUCUGCUUUCAUAUUAUACCAUAGCAUGAUGAACACACUCUCACCUGUUCCUCUCCACAUAUAUAACCUAUUGAGGAAAAGAAGGAAGCAUGUUAGACAUGUAUGUCUGAUCUUUGACCCCUGCGCUCCUCUCCCAGUACGCCUCUCCACACUGGAGCGGGGAGCAGAGGACACGGCUCGUCAACCA